GUUUAUGAAAAUACAGAUGAGGCGGGGAUUAUCAAACUUAUUAGAACGGUAUUGGGUAAAAUAUGGGUAACUUUUUGACAUCUUCCUUUGAAAGAAACCGAGGACGAAAAAGGAAAAUUGAUGAUACGGAUAACCCAACCCAGACAUCAGUCACAGGACCUGUACUAGGAGCAGCAACCAGAGACAUUUUGCAUACACCAAAACGGAAAAGAAUAAAAUCAACGUCAAAUUAUAUCUAUCAAACCUUAUUCCUCAAUGGAGAAAAUAGUGAUGUUACAAUCAGUGCCCUAGGAAAGGAAUGGAAGCUCCAUAAACUUUACUUGUCACAGUCCCCUUACUUCUCCUGUAUGUUCAGCGGUUCCUGGAAGGAGUCCUCACAGUCAGAGAUUUACAUUGAUGUGGCAGAUACAAACAUUAAUGAAGAAGCCCUGAAGAUAGCAUUAGGUUCCCUGUAUAAGGACUAUGUUUUCAUCAAACCUGUACAAGUUGUGAAUGUGUUGGCUGCUGCUAUGUUGCUUCAGUUGGAAGGAUUAAUUGAGCAAUGUUCUUCUAUGAUGAAAGACACAAUCAGUGGACAGACGGUGUGUUUGUACUACAUUGCCAGUAGAAGGUACGCCCUCCAGACCAUCACUCAGGAUUGUCGUAGCUGGCUCCUCUCUAACCUACUGGCCAAUGAAAGCACACAGCUCCUCCAGGGAGUAAGCAUUGAUAUGAUGACAGACCUGAUUAUCUCCCCUGACCUAUCUGUGAUGCAGGUGGAAAUGGAUGUCUACACUCUGUUGAAAAAGUGGAUGUUUGUCAGACUGAACCCUACCUGGUCAGGAACCAACAAAGACCUUACCACGGAUUGUGACAACUUCUUCAAAGGCCCAACUAAUUCAACAGGAACAAAUAAUAAUACAGCCUUUUUAACCACUAAAGAUGGACAGCAAUUUUUACUUCCUUUUUGUAAAAUUCGAUGGCAACAUCUUUUGACUGAUCUGGCUUCACUGAAGAUCCUGGAGAAGGACAGUAUCAUUGAUCUAGAUUGGAUAAGAUUGGGCUUUGAACAUCAAUGGAAAGAAAUGCUGAAAAUGGAACAGGGACAAGAUUCUGGACCAGCAGAAAUACCUGACAAGGCAGUAUUUGACCGUCUAUCUCUACGAUGUGGAAGGGUGUUACCAAAGGACGGAGAGUACUGCUGGAGAUGGGUAGGAUACAAUUAUGGUGUGGAUCUCUUAGUGACCUACAUGAACAACAUCAUCACUUUGAAACGCAACACCCACAGUCAGUCAUGUCCUCAUGCAGUUAGCUUACAGACACUGCGACAUGUAACAUACAGGGAAGUGGUGGUGAUGACAGUGGAUCGUGGCUUUAACUUCCCCCUUCACAUCACGGUCAACUUGUUGCUGACCACACCACCUGAUUCUGGCCAUCCGGCCAUCAAAAUGGACUGUGACACUAUUAAGGCUGGUAUCCAAGGGAAGGUUGAUAGUCACUGUGAUACUGGUGUACAGACUGUGUGUGAACAGUCAGUGACAGGCUGUGAUAUAGGAGUACAAACAAUACCACCUCUGGUACAACUAGUGCAGGGCUCAGAAAAAGGUGUUCAGACAAUCUCUCGUGUGAGCCAGCGAGUAGAGGCUUCUGAUAAAGGUGUUCAGACAAUCACUUGUACCAGUCAACCUGUGGGAUGGUGAAGGUGUUCAGACAAUCACCUGUACCAGUCAACCGGUGGUAUGAUGAAGGUGUUCAGACAAUCACCUGUACCAGUCAACCUGUGGGAUGGUGAAGGUGUUCAGACAAAUCACUUGUACCAGUCAACCUGUGGGAUGGUGAAGGUGUUCAGACAAUCACUUGUACCAGUCAACCGGUGGUAUGAUGAAGGUGUUCAGACAACCACUUGUACCAGCCGACCUGUGUGAUGGUGAAGGUGUUCAGACAAUCACCUGUACCAGUCAACCGGUGGUAUGAUGAAGGUGUUCAGACAACCACUUGUACCAGUCGACCUGUGUGAUGGUGAAGGUGUUCAGACAAUCACUUGUACCAGUCAACCUGUGGAAUGAUGAAGGUGUUCAGACAAUCACUUGUACCAGUCAACCUGUGGGAUGGUGAAGGUGUUCAGACUAUCACUUGUACCAGUCAACCUGUGGGAUGGUGAAGGUGUUCAGACUAUCACUUGUACCAGUCAACCUGUGGGAUGGUGAAGGUGUUCAGACUAUCACUUGUACCAGUCAACCUGUGGGAUGGUGAAGGUGUUCAGACUAUCACUUGUACCAGUCAACCUGUGGGAUGGUGAAGGUGUUCAGACUAUCACUUGUACCAGUCAACCUGUGGUAUGAUGAAGGUGUUCAGACAAUCACUUGUACCAGUCAACCUGUGGUAUGAUGAAGGUGUUCAGACAAUCACUUGUACCAGUCAACCUGUGGUAUGAUGAAGGUGUUCAGACAAUCACUUGUACCAGUCAACCUGUGGUAUGAUGAAGGUGUUCAGACAAUCACUUGUACCAGUCAACCUGUGGUAUGAUGAAGGUGUUCAGACAAUCACUUGUACCAGUCAACCUGUGGUAUGAUGAAGGUGUUCAGACAAUCACUUGUACCAGUCAACCUGUGGUAUGAUGAAGGUGUUCAGACAAUCACUUGUACCAGUCAACCUGUGGGAUGAUGAAGGUGUUCAGACAAUCACUUGUACCAGUCAACCUGUGGGAUGGUGAAGGUGUUCAGACAAUCACUUGUACCAGUCAACCUGUGGUAUGAUGAAGGUGUUCAGACAAUCACUUGUACCAGUCAACCUGUGGGAUGAUGAAGUUGUUCAGACAAUCACUUGUAUCUAAUAUAUUUGAAUGUAUCACCACCAGACAGUGUGUUAUAUGACUCUUGGGUUCGUUACUUCCAAGGUCAAGACAACAACAAUGAGACAAACAGCAAACCAUGCUGUCCACACUGAAACUGCUGAACAGCUCACUGUGUUUUUUGUGUGUGUCAAACUUCAUUGAGGAUCUAUCACAAGUUAUUUCGUCAUGUAUAACUCUCUCAUUCAACUUCUGUGUAUUUAUAUUAUAAAGGUUAAUUGGUUGUUAUAUAAUAGAUGGACAAAAUGUUUACAAGUGUGGGAGCCGUUAUCUCAGGGUCAAGCUCACAGCAAAAGGUCAAAAGGUCAAAUUAUAAUACUCGAGUAUUGUUUAUUACAAAG